GAACUUUGCUUUUGACACAUAGAACACCAUCAAAUCGGAUAGUUAAAAAGGGUAUAUCAACGCCGAAAAAGUCAUUGAGACUAUAAAUUUUAUUACAAAACCAUACAGCAAUUGAACGUCAAAUUAGAAACCUUCCAUGGCACCAGUAAUAGUGAUGAAAGCGUUAUUCAGAGCACAGUAAGUUCCUUUUGAUUCGAUAUUCACAAAGCAUUUUAACAUGUACUUGACCGCAUCCAUUUCAAUUUGUUAACAUAAAAUUUGAUAAAAUCCUUGGCAGGAAUUACCAACAAGUAAUCUUCAUCAUGGUCAAAUCCACGAGUGUUGAAAGCUUUCCCUUCAUGCAGAGAUCGCAAUAUUUUUUAUUCCACAAGCAACAUUGUCGCACUUGUCCGUUAUUUUUUGCUUCACCAGAGAAUUUUUCCAGGACGUGUUUUAUUCGGACAGUUUCUGAAAAAAAACCAGAAUUGGUAAAAAAAAUUUUAUGACAGUCUUGAUGGUGUAUUUUUCUAUGUGGAUUACAUUUAUAAAAUUAGUAAAAUUACGCAUUUAAUGUUCAAAAAAUUGUUAUUGCAUUUUAAUUGAAAUUUUAUUAACUUACUGAGUUGCCACAAUUGUGAAGUUUUUCAGCUUGUAGUGAAACGGGUCGAAAAACAGUGAAACAACUGUAGUAUCCUCCAAUUAAAGCACAAAAUGACAGAAUCUUGCUCCUGAAAUAGUUCAAUUCAAAAUUAUUUUUAUCAAUUAAAAUACCCUACCUUGUGUUCAUUGUUGGUUUUAAGUUCAAAAAACAAUUCAGUUUAGAAAAUAUCAAUAUAAAUUCAAUAAGAUCAAAUAAAAUAUGUAGAGGGCAACACACCAGUCGCCCGCGAAGACAUAACUGACUUGUCAUUCUUUUUCACUCUUGAGAAAGUAGCAUUACAACAUUGAAAGAGAUUCUGACUCAUCGAGAUUCUGACUCAUCGCUUGCCAAAAAUGUGUACUGUUUGUUGAUACUAACGUGUUUUUUUCUGAAUUAAAUUUCUAAAAGAAUAAGUUCGAAGAAAGAAACAUGGUGGGUAAAAUACCAGAAAAUUUACUUUGGAUUGAAAAUCAAGAAAAUCGAGCAAAUUACUUGAAAUUUAGUUUUUUCGAAUGGAUCAAAUUGCUAAAUAGUUCAAAAAAUGCUAGCUAAUUGGAAAAUAAAAUGAAGUUAUGCUUUUGUUUUCACAAAAAUAUCAAGCAACUGUUAUUAUAAUCUCUGAUUUCUUUAAAAAUUAUUAUUAUAUAUUACUUUUUGAACUUCAAUAAACCCCCAAAAUACAGUCCUACUUUCACAAACUCUUGUUCGUGACUUUUAUCAUAAUUAUUUGUAAAUCCAUGAAUACUUACAAAACUCAAAUCACUUUUUUUGCACAAAAUCGGAUUAACUCAUUUUUGAAAUUUGAAAAGUUAUCAUUUUCUUUACGGAAAAUUUCGCUAAAGAAACAUUGCUAUCUUUCAAUUUCGAAAUAAUACCAUUCUUAUCAACAAUCGUUAUCAACUCAAAUUCAAAUUCAAAUUCAAAUUCAAAUUCAAAUUCAAAUUUUAACUGCAGAACAAGCCAAUUUGAAAUUAAUUUGAACAGUUCUCUGUGUACUUACUAUUAAAAUGACGUUUAAUAUCCGCGAUGAUCCAAUCGCUAUCCGAACUUGUAUUCGCUGUGACGUACUUCAAGGUAAAUCAGCUUUUCAGUCUUUUGAAGAUUUAUGCAAAGAUCACGGUAAUGAUGUAAUUUCGUAUCGGGAGUUCGAUUUUUGGUUUUAUCGAUUUUACAUGGGAAUUAUGAUUUAAAUUAUGAUAACAGUCUGGAUGCUCCCUUGCGAUAUCUGUCCGACGUUCCUGACAAAAUUAUUUAUGAAAUUCUGAGCAAAGCUAAACUAUUCGAACUGUUCAAGAUUCAAAAAGUGUCGAGAGGAUUUAGGAGUUUUGUCAAUAAUCAUCAUGUUGGCUUUAAAAGUAUCAACAUCAGUUUUAAACUUGAAAAAAUAGAAAUGUUGAUCGACGGGAAAGAAAUCGUUUAUGCGCCGAAACCCGAAGAUGCUGAUCCUAUUGUUGACGAAGAAAAAACACAAAUAGUCAUUGCUGAAAACUUUACUAAUUUGGCUAUAUAUGAUUUGAAGCUACUCAUGAACAUGCAUUUGCUGAAACUGCAGGACUUUACUCUUGGGUUUUAUCCAAAUGACAAUGUUGACCUACAAUCUCUUCACUUUCCAACGAUUUUGAAUUUGUUACAGUCUUGUCAAACUUUGUCUAGUGUAAAAUCAUGCUCAGCUUAUUGUAUGACUGACGAAGCAGUGCAUUCAUUUAUUUGUUGCUUUCAAUCUGGUACGCUGGAAGAAAUUCGUAUUUUAACUGAACAUGGACCAGAAAUUUAUCUGGAAAACAUUUGCCUUCGGAACCAGUGGAAAAUGGCAAAAAAUUUGACAGCCGGCAUUGGAAACAGUAUACUGCCCAUUCAGAGUCUUUUUCACUUUGAAAAAUUCUUGAUUCAUAAAUUGCGAAUUACAGUAGAUGAUGCUAUUAAAAUCAAAGAGAUGCUCGACAAACCUAACAACUUGAAGGAUGGAUAUUUUCGAGUCGAGAUAGCGAAUAAAAUUGAAUUGGCUAGAGUAUUCGGGACAGACUAUAUUGAUCGAAAUGGCGAGAUUACAAUGUACUACCAAACAGAAGAACGUCUCAAGUAUUUAAUCAAAUUUAUCCCAAUUGCGCUAAAAAUAUUAAGAUCCGAUUAAAACUUUUUGUGUGUAUUUCUUAAAACUAUUAUCACACCUGAAGAUGAGUUUUUUAACGUUCAUUGUUGAUGUUCAAUUUUAGUAACGAUCGAUAUUGUUUGUCUAUUUUUAUCGAUCCAAUAUUGGUUGACGCGCAACCUUGAGUCUUUAUAUAAAUUGUUGCGCGAAUAUCAAAUACACAUUCCUUUUUUCCAAUUCCCACUUUAUUCAAAAUGUCCAAUAAACUAAUUUCUGUUGA